CUUCUCUCUUUCCUCAUGACUCACUGCAAAGACUUGGACGACUUACCUCCAUUGUCUCCCAUGCAACCAGUUUCAGAGGAGGAGGCUGUUCAGAUUGUUGCUCACCCUCUGUUGCCUCUCUCCUCCUCCACACUUGGAGACUACAUAGAUCAUUCCGAGACUUUGCAGCGGCUAGUACAGCUUGGAGUGGAUUUGUCUAAGAUAGAAAGACAUGUAGAUUCAGCCAACCUCCUCCUAAGGCUGGAUUUUGAAAAAGACAUUAAGCAAAUACUCCUGUUUCUUAAAGAUUUGGGUUUAGAAGAUAACCACCUGGGACCAUUCCUGACAAAAAAUCAUACUAUUUUCUCUGAAGACCUUGAAAAUCUUAAGAUAAGAGUAGCUUAUCUACAGUCAAACAAUUUCAGUAAGACGGCUAUUGCCCAGAUGGUGAGAAAGGCACCAUUUCUGUUGAGCCUCUCCGUGGAAAGACUGGAUAACAGACUGGGGUUCUUUCAGAAAGAACUCCAACUGAGUGUGAAGAAGACUAGAGAUCUUGUUGUUCGCCUUCCAAGGCUACUAACAGGAAGUCUGGAGCCUGUGAAAGAAAAUAUGAAGGUUUAUCGCCUUGAACUUGGUUUUAAGAAAAAUGAAAUUCAACAUAUGGUCACCAGAAUCCCAAAGAUGCUAACUGCAAACAAAAGGAAACUUACGGAGACUUUUGAUUAUAUACACAACGUGAUGAAUAUCCCCCACCACAUCAUUGUCAGAUUCCCACAGGUAUUUAAUACAAGAGUAUUUAAAAUUAAAGAAAGACAUUUAUUUCUUGCCUACUUGGGAAAAGCGCAGUACGAUCCAGCAAAACCUAAUUAUGUCUCUUUGGACAAGUUCGUAUCUAUUCCUGAUGAAGUAUUCUGCAAAGAGAUUGCCAAAACUUCAGUAAAUGAUUUUGAGAAAUUCUUAAAGACGCUUUAGUUGUUGAUGAAAGUUUAAAUGUAUUCUUGUAAAGUAAAUGUAUACAUGAAUAAAUCAG